AUGAUCGUACCUUGUUCACAGUUGACUGUACUAAUCCAUGACGACUCAAACCCAUCUCAAACACUAGGCGAUGGCUUGGGAGAACGACACAGUCCCCCAUCAAGCAUGCGUGGAGCUUUUCUCUUCCUCUCCACUUUGUCCUUUGCCCAGUAUGGCUUCGCCCAUCCGGGCAGUCAUAACGCUCCCCAACGGCGUCGGUUUCCACUAGGCCGCCGUUCUUCUUCGUUGUUCAUCAGUCCCGCCGCGAUUCCUGAUCUCCCGACGACAGAGGCGGUCGCUGCUCUCGACAACUCUCUAAAUACCGACAAUAUCCAGUCCGAUGUCCUCGUUGGAAUGCGCAAGGCAACAGAACUUUUUGUAUUCUUUAAAAUCAACAACCCGGCGACCUUCAAGUCGAAGUUGUCCUCCGAUAUCAUUCCUCUGAUCACAACGACGACGGAAAUUCAAUCCGUCGAUACCCAACCAGUCACUGCGGUAAAUCUGGCCUUCUCUCAGACUGGGCUCCACGCACUUGGGGUUACAGAUGACCUUGGCGAUCCAAAUUUCUCCACUGGCCAGUUUGCAGACGCUGUGACUGUAGGAGACAACCCAUCGACUUGGAAUACCGCAUUUGCAGGAACGAGCAUCCACGGUGCCUUCCUUCUGGCAUCCGAUACUGUGGCACAUAUCAACACUCAACUCGCUAGUAUUCAAUCAACUUUGGGAGCAUCUAUAACUGUUUUAUACGAACUACAAGGAGCCGCCCGACCAGGAAGUGAAUCCGGCCACGAGCAUUUCGGAUUCAUGGACGGCAUCUCGCAACCGGCCGUCAGUGGAUUUACCAACCCAAUUUACCCUGGGCAAACACCAGUUGAUGCCGGUUUGUUCUUAUUAGGUGAAGCCAGUGAUCCGAACAUCACUGCUCGCCCAACCUGGACAAAAGACGGAUCAUUCCUCGUCUUCCGUCAGCUGCAACAAUUAGUCCCAGAGUUCACCAAAUUUCCGAAGGGUCGGCUUUAUUGGGCGCUCGCAUGGUCGGCCGCUGGAAGAGUGGAGCCCCGAUUUUCCUUUCCCCAACGCAAGACGACCCCCGUUCUGGCUGCCGAUCCUAACCGAAACAACAACUUUACAUUCACUUUCCCAAAUCUCCCUGAACCUGGCACCGAAAAUCACUUCAAUCAGACAAACUGCCCCUUCAGUGCCCACAUCAGAAAGGUCCAUCCCCGUGGAGAUCUGGACCCAAGUGUAGAGAAUCCGCACUUCAUUAUCCGUUCUUCUAUCCCCUACGGAGGUGAGGUGACUUCGGCGGAAACUGCGUCAGCGAAGACAGCCAAUGAUCGCGGUCUUGCUUUCGUUGCUUACCAGUCAAAUAUCUUCAACGGUUUCGUCUUCCUCCAAUCCAUCUGGAUCAACAAUGUUGGUUUCCCAUUCGGAAAGGUUGACCCCACUGUGGGAGUUGAUCCCAUUAUUGGUACACUCUCUGGAGGGCCGAAGAAUAUUUCAGGUCUCGAUCCUGCUGUCUUUUACCUCAACCAAACCGAUGUUGCGCACGAUGUAGUCAUCCCACAAGACUACGUGGUCUCCCGUGGAGGAGAGUAUUUCUUCUCGCCGUCUCUUUCCGGAUUGAGCCACAUUGCCGCUGCGUAA